AUGGACCGGCUUGUUGGCACAAUUGGGAAAGUUAAAAGGCUCGGAUUCCAGGGUAUAUGCUUUUCCGAUGGCCCUUCUGGAUAUGCUAGGUCAGACGGUGUGAGCGUCUUCUCCUCUGGCCUUACUGCAGCUGCAACUUGGGAUAAACGGCUUAUCUAUGAACAUGAACAUGCUGUUGCCAUUGGAGAAGAGUUUAGGGCCAAAGGUGCUCACGUAUUUCUUGGGCCAUCCUGUGGUCCUAUGGGCCGUAGUGUUCUGGCGGGCGAAACUGGGAGGGUUUCGGCCCUGACCCUUAUCUCUCUGGCGUCGCUAUGCAUGUGUCCGUGUCUGCGCACACAGACCACUGAGGAGGAUGGAGCCGUCAUCAAUGCUUUGAGCUCCAACAUUGACGAACCUGGUACUGCCAGCGUGAUGUGCUCCUACAACAGAGUGAAUCAGACCUAUUCCUGCGCGAACCAUCACUUGCUUUCGAUACUGAAGGAUGAGCUCGCCCUUCCGGGCUACGUCGUUCCUGACUGGUAUGCGACGCAUGGCACAGCCUCCUUCGCCAACGCAGGGCUCAACCUCGAAAUGCCAGGACCUGUCAGGGCCGACUAUGGUGCCUCGUAUUUUGGCAAUUACCUUCUAGAUGCAGUUAACGAUGAUAACGUGACAAAAAGUCGCCUCAAUGAAAUGGUCGAGAGAGUCCUGACGCUAUACUUCUUUCUACAUCAACAUGAGGAUUUCCCUGCCCUGGAUCCUGCUUCCGCCACUGCUCUAAGCGUCAAUCAGUUUGGUUACAACACCACUCAGUUCGCAAUCAAGCCCGUACCUGCACGCGAUGUUCGAGGUGAAUACCAACGGAACACUGCCCUGGAGAACGAAAAGGAUUUCGGGGUCUUUGGAAACGGAGCGCCAUACCCAGCCAUCGGAUCCGUCUAUUUCGACUAUGAGAACGCGUCUAUAUCCUACGAAGUGGGCACUCUCGACCAGGGGGGCGGUUCUGGCAUUGUCCGCAACAACGAGCUUAUCGCACCGUUGGAUGCAAAUCGAGAAAGUGUGAGAAAACAGGGUGGCCGGGUCCAGGUCCUUCUGGAACACAAGGACAUCGUCGAUGGCAAGUUCAGGUCUAUCUACCCGAUCCCUGAUGUCUGUUUGGUCUUCCUAAAAGCAUUUGCAGCAGAGGGCCGGGAUAGAGAGUCGCCGGACCUUGAUUGGAAUGCCACCAAGGUGGUCGAGAGCGUUGCGUCCUUGUGCUCUAAUACUGUUGUUAUUGUCAACGGUCCGGGUAUAGUCUUAAUGCCCUGGGCCGACAACGAGAAUGUGACGGCUAUUCUGUCAGGCAGAGUUGGGUUUGUGUAG